AUGGCCAAGUUCCUGGUCUUCGACACCGUCGCAGCAAUGGUCUACCGCCAGCUACCUUGGAUGGCGAACAGGAAAGGGACUUCCUCCAUGGUGUCCAUGUUUUCCGGCGCCGUUGCAGGCAUUAUCUCCACCUUCGUGAGCCAGCCUGCAGACGCCAUCCUCACGUGCAUGUCGGCGACCCCUCAGCUAGGCAUAGCAGGAGCAGCAUCAGCCUUGUGGAGAGACGGACAGUUCGGUGCCUUCUACGCGGGUUUCUCCACGAGGGCCGCGUGGGCCGCCGCCAUCAUCGGAGGGCAAUUCCUGCUGUAUGACGUGGCGAAGAGGAUUUUUGGGGUGACUCAUGGGGAUCUCUCCCAGACUGCCGACGCUCUCUCGACGGCAUUACGCAACGAUCAGGUCUUCCAGCCAUCACAGCCCGGUCUCGCAGGCGGCCCCCGCCCGCGAACUGUGUCUGCGACAUCGCGAAGGUUUGUCCAUGGCAGACUGCGACCGCCCGUCCUCGUUGGAAGAAGUUGGCUUCGGAGAAUCCGAUGCCGCUUUCUCAGCGAGAGGCCGUGA